AUGGCACAAGCUUCACCGUGUGUGCCGAAACACACCGCACAAUGGAACAUAUCGUCGUCCCAAGGCGUAAAAUACCAGAUCAUGAUCGCAUAUCCCAUGCAAUGGAAAUUCGAGAAAGAGGGUGACUUCACAGGAAAGAAAGCCAACGUAAUUUACGUAACCGACGGCAACGCCUUCUUCUACAGCACCAUGGAAGCCGUACGACGAAGAGCCUGCUGCGCACCGAAAGCACCCGACGUAAUCGUCGUCGGAAUCGGAUACCAGAUGAAAGACACUAUUUGGCUAUGGGACGAGCAGCGACGAGUAGACCUCACCCCACCAUGCGAGAUGGGCGAAUGGCCACCAGGACACGACGGCAAGCCACACAAAACACUAUAUGGCGGCGCGGACAAGUUGCUCGAUUUCAUACAAGACGAGCUUAAGCCGUUCGUCAAGACUGAAGCUCUGCCAGGUGUGACAAUUGAGGAAGAGACUCUUUGGGGACACUCGUAUGGCGGUCUAUUCGCACUCCAUGCUCUGUUCACCCGCGCAGAUAUGUUCGAUUAUUAUAUAGCGGCCAGCGCGUCGGUAGAAUGGAACUCGCAAUAUAUCAUCAAAGAGGAGACGGCAUGGCUGGCGGAAGCGGAGAAGGAGGGCGCGAAGAAGAGGAGGUUGGCGCUCUUCUGGGGAGGGAACGAGCAACCUGCUGUGCGUGGUAAGCUGCAGACGGAUGAGCAGUGGGAGACGAGAAGGAAGAUCGCUGAGGUUGCGAGGCAGAAGGAUUAUGCUAUUGAGAUGUAUGAGAGGCUGCAGAAGAGUGGAAGGUUUGAGAAGCUGGAGAAGAAGGAGUAUCCUAGAGAGGAUCAUGUAAGUGUGACAGGGUGUGCGAUUGAGGGGGGUAUUACGUUCAGCCAGGGCCAGUUCUGA